AUGGCCAAGCGGAUCCUUCGCCCAGCACUCUCGGCUGCAAGGCGUCUCAUUCUCCGAGCCAGCCCUCGGCUCGACCUGCCCCUAUUGUCGUCGUCGUCGUCGCCCUCCUCCUUGGUCCAGCAACCUCGGAGGGGUAAAUUUGGGUCCUUGUUGGGAAAAGGAUUCCUCGUUGGUAGUGGGAUCGAACGGGCAAGUUCAGCCAGUCUCGGCAGCAUCACCCACGCGCAUGAGUCCCGGUCCGAUCCAGGCCCUCCGCUCGGCUUCCGGCGGACGCUAUCUUUAUCUCUGCUCCUGUCCAUGCGAAUGUUCUCUGCCGCAAUUGCUGCAUCUGCAUCUCCAUCCGCAUCUUCACACCCUUCGCUCGCCUCUGCUUGCCUCCCCCGUCAUCAAGCCUCGCCGCUAGAGUCCUGUAGCUCUUACCGGUCUUCUUCUUCUUCUUUUUCUCCUCCUCCUGCAUCGUCCCCUCCUUCAGACUUAGGAGCAGACUACUAUUCAACCAACGACUCGUUCACAACAGCAGACAAGAUGGGCUCUCUUCCUGGUGCUAUCCCUCCCUUCAAGGUCUUCGUCAUCGGAGGUCUCUCCUACGCCGGUGUCUCGACCACUUUGAACCUGCUUGAUCUGAGCAGCGGCAAGUCGCCUCGUCUCGCCCAAGUUCCCUAUGACCACCAUCCGGAUUUCAAGAACGUCCCCGUCGAGAUCACCCUCGUCGACGAGCGUGAUGGCUUCUUCCACCUGAUCGGCUCCCCCCUUGCCUUCGCCGACUCCAAAUACGCAGCAAAGUCCUGGGUCAAGUUCGAGGACAUUGCCUCUCUCCAGCGCCCCAAUGUCCGCUUCGUCCAGGGCUCCGUCUCAAAGGUCGACCCGGCCACCAAGACGGCCACCGUCCUCGACCACGCCACCAAGCAACCCCAAGACUUCUCCUACGACUUCCUCGUCGCCGCCUCCGGCCUCCGCCGCGCCUUCCCCGUCGUACCCCAGUCCCUGACGCGGAAGCAGUACCUCCUCGAGGCCGAGGAGCAGAUCCAGGCUGUCCGCAAUGCCCCCGACGGCGUCGUCGUCGUCGGCGGCGGCGCCGUUGGCAUCGAGAUGGCCGCCGAGCUCAAACUCGUCGAGCCCGACUCCAAGGUCACCCUCGUCCACUCCCGCGACAAGCUCCUCUCCUCCGAGGGCCUUUCAGACGAGUGCAAGGAUAAAGCUCUGGAGCUCACAAAGGAGGCCGGCGUCAACGUGCUCCUGAACCACCGCGUCAAGGAGACGCGCAAGCUCGAGCCCCAUGCCACCACCGGCCGCGCGCGCCACGAGAUCGAGUUUACAAACGGCGACAAGCUCGUCGCCUCCGAGGUCGUCAUGGCCAUCUCCCGCAGUGUCCCCUCGACAGACUACUUCCCCGCCGCCGCGAAGGACGACGAGGGUUACGUCAAGAUCCACCCCAACAUGGUUCUCAAAGGCGACGUGCCCAAUGCGGGCGACCACAUCGCCGUCGGUGACAUCUGCCUGUGGCCCGGUAUCAAGCGCUGCGGCUCGGCGAUGCACAUGGGACACUACGCCGCCAUCAACGCCCACCAGCUCAUGCUGGCCAAGCUCACGUCCCAGGUCCAUAAGCCAACGUUCUCGGAGCUCGGCCCCGUCGAGCCCAUGAUCGGGUUGGCCAUUGGCAAGAAGGCCGUCGCCAGCGGGCCCGUUGUGGGUACCACGUGGGGUGAGGAUGUCAUGCACGCGUACUUUAGAGACGACCUCGGCUUUACCAUCUGCUGGAACCACUUGGGUUUGGGAAAGGCCCCCGACUCUUGA